AUGGCCCACCCGACGCAUGCGCUGUUCAGCAGGUGGGCAGCGACCAACACCGGACCCAACUCCACGAGCAGCAAGCUCAGCUGCUGCUUCCUUCCAUCCAAGGCUCCAAGCAGCCAAAAGUCGCAGGAGCUACGCUCAGUCAGGGCCUCACUUUACACAGUACACAGACCAACCAUUACGGCCGACCUCUACCGUCGACCUUUCCGGCCGGCGCUGCCGUAG